UUGUCGUGUUCGAAGCCUUUCCUUCCUCUCCAUCAAAUCAUGUGCUUCAUCUUCGUCUUCCCCUAUUCCUCCUUUUCUUCCUUAAUCCUUCCCUAAUUCCCCCCCAGUCCCUUCUUCACAUCAGAAACCUCCUCCACAGAACCUGACUCGAGAUGAAGCGCCCGAUCGAAGUGGAAGAAGACUCCAAGAGGAAGAAGACAGGGGAAGACUUGAAGAUGAAGAAGAAGAUAAGGAUCGACGAGGAAGAAGAAGAGGAAGGGGUAGGAGGAGGAGGAGGAGGAGAAGGAGCUGGGGUGAUGCAGAACCUGGACGAAAACCUGCUGUUCGAGGUGCUGAAGCACGUGGAUGCCCGGACGCUCGCGGCGGCGUCCUGCGUGAGCAAGCUCUGGCACCGGACCGCCCAGGACGAGCGGCUCUGGGAGCUGAUCUGCACCCGCCACUGGGCCAACAUCGGCUGCGGCAAUCAGCAGCUGAGAUCUGUAGUCCUCGCCCUCGGCGGCUUCCGCCGCCUCCACUCCCUGUAUCUCUUGCCCCUCACCAAGCCCCAGUCCGUCUCCGCCUCCUCAUCCACCUCAGCCUGGCCUGCCGCCGCCCCGCCGCGUCCCUUCCCCCCGAUGAUCAGCGCCAAACCGCCGGCGAGGUGGGGCAAGGACGAGGUCCACCUCUCCCUCUCCCUGCUUUCGAUUAGGUACUACGAGAAGAUGAAUUUCAACAGCCGAGGCAGAUAGCCGAUUAGGGUUUUCCGUCAAAUCAAUGUAUUGAGUAAACACUCCAAUUUUCGAUCUUUCAAGCUACGGUGCUGUUUUCUUCUUCUGGGUCUCGAUUUUUCCUCCAUCUCUGCUCAAAGCUCUCAUCUUUUUCUUCUGGGUAUGUCAGUAAAGUAAAAGCUCUGGUAUUUCUUCCCAUUCCUUGUAAUAUAAUUUGGGAGUAUGAUAUGAAUGAUGAUGAUGAUGAUUGAGCCUUUCUCGUGUAUAGAAUGUGAUGAUGUUAACUUAA